AUGGAAAAUUCAGUCAUCUCAGUGGACGCCCAGCUCGUCACCUGGGAAUCCGCCGACGAUAAGGAAAACCCCAAGAACUGGGCCAAGGCACGCAAAUGGAGAGCAACAUUGUCAAUCUCGGCCUUUGUGCUGAUGAAUACUCUGUCGUCGACCAUUGUCGCCCCAGCGCUCCCUCGAAUCGCCGACACCCUCCAUGUGACGAAUGAGGCAGAGGAAACGCUGAUUCUCUCCAUCUUUGUUCUCGGUUUCGCGUUUGGUCCCUUUCUCGCCUGCCCAUUGUCAGAAGUUCAUGGGCGUAGGAUCACCAUCCAGUCAUGGAAUCUCUUGUACCUCAUUUUCAACACGGCGUGCGGCCCUGUCAAUUCUGCCCCAGCGAUGCUGGUCCUCCGCUUCCUGGCGGGGUUCUUCUGCAGCGCGUCUCAAGGGGUUGGAACCGGCAUUAUUUCAGACCUCUUCACCAAGGAAGAGAGAGGGAGAGCAGUCGCUAUUUACAGCAUCAUGCCGCUCAUUGGGCCCGUCAUCGGGCCGAUUCUAGGAGGUGUGAUUGCACAGUAUACCACCUGGCGCUGGACCUUCUACUCUACUUCGCUACUGGAUCUUCUGAUCCUUGUGCCCAGUCUCUUCACAUUAGAGGAAACUUAUGAGCCACUGCUGUUGCGACGAAAGAAACAGCGCCUGGCAAAAGAGACGGACCAGCAAUACUAUACGGAGCAUGACCACCUAGACCAGGCUCGUUUGCAGGUGUACUCGGCUGCGCUGAUUCGCCCGUUGAAGUUGCUCGGAACCCAGCCCAUCAUUCAAGUCAUGGCCAUUUACAACGCUUUAUUGUACGGGCAAAUCUAUAUUCUCUACGCUAACUUUCCGGCGCUGUGGACAGACGUCUACCACCAGAGGCCCAGCAUUGCUGGCCUCAACUACGUAUCCUUAUUCGUCGGCUCGGUAUUUGCAGCUGAGGUAUGUACGCGGGCGAUCGAUCGCAUCCAGAAGGAUCUCUCAGCGAAGCGCAAUGGCAUCCACCUGCCUGAGUUUCGCAUGCCCGUGAUGCCGCCCGCGACUAUUGCCCUAGCGGCAGGCAUGUUCUUGUACGGAUGGAGCGCAGAUUUUCAUAUCCAUUGGAUCGUGCCCAACAUCGGCGCCGCAAUUUUCAUCGGUGCUGCCAUGACCUGUGUCAUUGCUGUGAGUGCGUAUAUGAUCGAUACAUAUGGAAAGUAUGCCGCGAGCGCAAUGGCGGCUGUUUCCAUGCUUCGUCAGAUAUUCGGCUGCGUCUUUCCGAUUUUCGCUCCUUAUUUGUACAGAACUCUUGGAUAUGGCUGGGGCAGCAGCGUUCUGGGCUUCAUUGCGCUAGGAUUUGGACUGCCCGCGGUCGUCUUGCUUUGGAAAUUUGGGGAGGCAUUAAGAAAGCGUAGUCCCUAUGCAAAAGACGGGACAGGGUAA